CGCUUUGCAUGCAGAGCCUCUGGAGCGGCAAGCAUCAUACGAUGGCGAAGGCAGCGCCAGCCAUGAGGACGGCGGUGCGUCAGCGCUGAAAAAGGCGCGCUCUUUUAUGGCCACUCUGGCCUGCGACGUAUGUAGGUCGAGAAAGACUCGAUGCGACGAAGACCGACCAAGAUGUGGCUACUGCAGAACCAUGAAUCUCGAGUGCACUUACCAAGCACCGCGAGCAACAAAGAAGGACCAGUCCAUGGCAGUAGCUAUAAACGCUAUCCGAAGGCUUGAAUCCAAGAUUGAAGAUCUCACUACAGCCAUCAAUGCACCCAAGGCUGCAGUCACGUUGCCGCUUUCCCCUGCAGGUCCCAUCCCGGACCAUCACUCGCCCUAUGCCACUUUCUCUCAGCCCAGCCCUGGGAGCCAUGCCACAGCCGCACCUUCAAAUAGUUUGCAUCGCAACAGGCUGAGCAUACACGACAUUGCAAUGUCCCCACAGGUUGUUGGAACGCCAGCCAAGAGCCCCUUUGCACUCCCAGAAAUACAGGGCGCAGUGGAUCUCUCCUUCAGCCAGCAUCGGGUUGCCUUGUGGCCUGCCGUUCAACAGGUUCUUCCUGAAGUGUUUGUCUCAGCACGCAAAGAGCUUCCCGAAGACUACAUUGUCGAAAUCGAGAACCAUAGGCUGCCACUGCCAAUGGACAUUAGUCAUCCAUACAACACUAGUCCCGAUAGUUGGUUGAUGAGUCUCCCGCAGUCGGCGGUAAAAGGCCUCGCAGAUGCAUACUUUGCGGUAUUCCAUCGCAACACGCCUAUACUAGACAAGUACCACUUCUUCUCGAGCACGUUGGGUAUAGCGAUGGAUAACGAAUUCGGUUAUAAAAUCGAGACGGCUUUGGUACUUGUUGUACUAGCGUUGGGAUGCUUAGCUGCCAAGGCGCAUGAAGAAGGCGACUUUAGUCUUCCUUCUCGGCACUCUGCGACUGGGCGAGGCUUUAUUCCUCCCGACUGGUACGAGCUCAUUGUUGACGAACCUCCUGGCCUCAAGUUCUUCAAUGAAGCCCGGAAGCGUUUUGGGUUUCUCAUGUGCCAGACGGAUCUCCAGGCUGGCCAGUUUUACAUGCUAUCGACGCUUUACUACGCCCAAAUCCUGCGACCCUUGGAUUCCUGGACUACCGUGAACAGAGCUGCCCUGUGUUGUGCGAGCAUUCUCAAACGCACGUCAACGAUCGAUUAUGAGAUGUGGGAGGGGGACAUGCUCUCGAGGCUCUUCUGGUGCACCUUGAUGUACGAGACAGUGAUUACACAGGAGCUGGAUCUACUGCCCCAUAGUGGGCUGUUGGACUACGAGUCAGAUAUACCUUUGCCAAAGUUUACACAAUGUCCACGACCUAAGACGUUGAUUUCGGGACUACUCAGCGACGAAGAUGAUUCUCUAUUCAACUUCCAUUUUCUUGCCCAAGCCGCGCAUCGCAUCAUUCUCACUCGGGUGAAGCAGAGUCUGUAUACGUUCGCAGAGAAGGAAGGCUAUCCUAGUGCCAGUCUGACAGCAGAAAUGCAUCACCAACUCGAGCAAUGGCGGGAAAAUCUUCCGCCAACACUUCAGUUCUCUGACAAUGACGAUGCGAGCGACCCAGCCAGCCCUGCGCAUGUUAUUGCAAAGGCCAUGCUGCGCAGUCGCUAUCUAGUCGCAAAGUUGCACAUUGGACGGCCUUUUCUCUACAAAGCAUUGCAUGCGCCUGCAUAUACCAACGAGUCCGAGUACGACGAAGUGCGCAAGGGCCUUCGAGGUGGCAUGUAUUGGCCGACAACCAUGGGCUUGUGUACACAAAUGUUAACGGCUCUUCCUAUAAAGUUUGGGUGGUGCUGCCAGUGUUUUGGGCAGGUUCUGCUGUUCCACGCCGUAGCGCUGUCUCCCGACGCCAAGUUGCGAGACACGUUACCUGAGGGAUGGCGAGAAUGGGUAGGGAUCAUGAUGGCACUGAUUCAGAGCUGUGCAGAGAGCAGUCCUGGUAUCGCAAAGGACUAUGAAUUGUUGCGCUUGCUAGACGGAUGAGUGUGUCUGGGUCGGCAUUACUCAGAGUCUAUGUAUAGUAGGCACUAACCAGAAGGCUGCGGAGCUGACGGACCCCUCAACCAGGAUCGCAUGCUUAGAGAAUACGUACGGCGCAAUUGGUCGCCGUACACGACCGCGCCAUAUUAUACGCGGUGCCACAGUGAGCAGACUCUAGCCACGCGUGGCGUGGUAGGCAAUACAGACUACUGCGUAGGCGCUUUACGGGGGAAAGGUACGUAGUGCUGGAGGGGCACGGGGUUGGGUGGGAUGUAGGCUUAGCGCCAAUGGUAUGUCUCCAUUUGAGCUGGGUACGAGCGGCGGCUUGCGUGUACUCGCGAUUACGGGAGGCGCUUGUUAGACUUUAGCUAGCAAGUUUAUUUGAAAUGGCACGACCUCGUAAAUGAAAGGGGGCCUUGAACAGGGCAGCUGGCAUCAGCCCAGUCAAGAGAGUCGAUAGAGGAGUACGAUAAUGCCCAGCAGGCUGCCCAGAGGCC